GGCGGCGGCCGGGGAGUCCGGCCUCCGAGUGGCCUCCUCCCGCGCCGGGGUGGCGUGGGCUGCCUCUCCAGGUAGUCCGGCGGGCCCGGCGGGCGGGGGAACAUGGCGCUUUGCCCACCUUUUCUCCAAGUUAGGAGGGCGGAGAAGGCGGCGAAGGCGGCGGCGGCGGCAGCGGCCGGAGCCGGGAGACAGCCAGCCCUUUUGUACACAACCCAUGAGGAGGGACAUUUUUCCCUCCACCCGCCCCACUGGAGACCGUGUCCUUGGCACUGGGGUCCUUGGGAACCCCGAGCUUUGGGGGUGAGAGCCCCCUCCAAGCGAGGGCCCUCCGGUCGCAGAAAAAAAAAAGGAGGGGGGCUCUCGAGCGUCCUCGUGUGUGACUGACCAUCGCGAGCCCAUGCCUUGCAAGGAGGGAAUGCCAAAGCCGCUUCUCCUCAUUCUCCCUUUUGCGUCCCCCGCCCCCAGUGGAGCGAGGCCGGGGGUCCCCGGCCACUCGGGGAGGGCGGCUGCCCCCCAAGACCCUCCGGCCCUCGGAAGAUGGCAUUUUUGUGAUUUUUAGAAAGCUUCCCGUGGUGCUGGUGCAGCAACCAGAUGGAGGAGCUGUUGCCUUUUUUCCUCCAGCCCCUUUUCAGAACUUAGCAUGGAAAAGGCUCACAUCGGAGCCAUUGGGUUUGGUGCUUGCUGGGGUCCUGGCUUCGGAGGGGAGCCCUCCCGGGAUGUGAUGGAUGGCCGUGCUUUUUUUUUAAAUGUAUUUAUUCAUGGAGGAGCACGGAGUGACCCAGACAGAACAUAUGGCUACCAUCGAAGCUCAUGCAGUGGCCCAGCAAGUACAACAGGUCCAUGUAGCCACUUAUACAGAACACAGCAUGCUGAGUGCUGAUGAAGACUCUCCUUCUUCUCCUGAGGACACCUCCUAUGAUGAUUCGGACAUCCUCAACUCUACAGCCGCUGAUGAAGUAACAGCCCACUUGGCUGCAGCAGGUCCUGUGGGAAUGGCCGCAGCUGCUGCUGUGGCAACAGGAAAGAAACGAAAACGACCCCAUGUCUUUGAAUCUAAUCCUUCCAUCCGGAAGAGGCAGCAGACUCGGUUGCUAAGGAAACUUCGAGCCACUCUAGAUGAAUAUACAACUCGAGUGGGACAGCAAGCUAUUGUCCUGUGUAUCUCUCCCUCAAAACCUAACCCUGUUUUUAAAGUGUUUGGUGCAGCACCUUUGGAGAAUGUGGUGCGCAAGUACAAGAGCAUGAUCCUUGAAGACUUGGAAUCAGCCUUAGCAGAACACGCCCCUGCGCCACAGGAGGUUAACUCGGAGCUGCCACCUCUCACCAUCGAUGGAAUUCCUGUCUCUGUGGACAAGAUGACCCAAGCUCAGCUUCGGGCAUUCAUCCCAGAAAUGCUCAAGUACUCCACAGGCCGUGGGAAGCCAGGAUGGGGGAAAGAGAGCUGUAAACCAAUAUGGUGGCCAGAGGACAUCCCAUGGGCAAACGUCCGCAGUGAUGUCCGAACAGAAGAACAGAAGCAAAGGGUGUCAUGGACCCAAGCACUACGGACUAUAGUCAAAAACUGCUAUAAACAACAUGGGCGGGAAGAUUUGUUGUAUGCUUUCGAAGAUCAGCAAACACAACAGCAGGCUACAGCAACACAUAGUAUAGCACACCUGGUACCCUCCCAGACUGUAGUCCAGACCUUUAGCAAUCCUGACGGCACUGUCUCACUUAUCCAGGUUGGUACAGGAGCAACAGUAGCCACUUUGGCUGAUGCUUCUGAAUUGCCUACCACUGUCACUGUUGCCCAAGUGAACUACUCUGCUGUAACUGAUGGAGAGGUAGAACAAAAUUGGGCCACAUUACAGGGCGGUGAGAUGACCAUCCAGACAACACAAGCCUCAGAAGCAACCCAAGCAGUGGCAUCUUUGGCAGAGGCAGCUGUGGCAGCUUCUCAGGAGAUGCAACAAGGAGCAACUGUCACCAUGGCUCUCAACAGUGAAGCCGCCGCCCAUGCUGUCGCCACCCUGGCUGAGGCCACACUUCAAGGGGGAGGACAGAUCGUCCUGUCUGGGGAAACCGCAGCAGCCGUAGGAGCACUUACUGGAGUCCAGGAUGCUAAUGGCUUGGUGCAGAUUCCAGUGAGCAUGUAUCAGACUGUGGUAACCAGCCUGGCCCAAGGGAACGGUCCAGUCCAGGUGGCCAUGGCCCCCGUGACGACGAGGAUAGCGGACAGUGCUGUCACCAUGGAUGGCCAGGCUGUGGAGGUGGUGACAUUGGAACAGUGACACUGACCUGGAUCAUGGGGUCAUUUUCUACUCUACGACAAAGAAGUUUUUUACACGUUUGCAGAAGUGCAAUCAGCGCCAUUAAGUCCCCCAACUUUGGAAGCAAGUUUUGUUAUCCUUUUUUUUUAAAAGGAAAAAAAGGGGGGGAACAGAGGACACAUGAAAUGGCAUUUUUUUAAAA